UCUGAUUUCAAUCCAUAUACAACAAACAUUCGCAUACAAUUACUCUUAGAUAGCAGCAAUGUGGUGAUGCUCUCUUCCACGUCUCUGUUGCACGGUAAUUGCGUGUUUAACCGAAACAACACUGUGGCUACUCAACAAGGCAUGAAAACUUAUUGGCUCUGCAAGUCCUAUCGCAUUAGUAUGUGCCGAGCGCGUUGCAUAACGCAUCAGGGACGCGUCAUAUCAGCGACAGGAGUGCAUAACCAUCCACCACAUAUGAGAGGUAGUGGACCAGGUGGCGGUGGAGCUGGCAAUGGCGCAUCCGGAGGAAAUCUGAGUGGAAGUACGAGUGGCGCCGGGUUUUCUAUCGAUGCCAAUGUUCAGCAAUCGACCUCAGUGCCAAGCUCUAUCUCACCUUCAAUUAGUUUAAAUUCGAUUAAUAUGUCCGGCACACUACUGCCCGGCGGCAAUAAUGCUGCAAGCGGUAUGAAUGCUGUCACAGGAACACGGCUACAUCAUACGACCGUGAGCAGUGUCAUUGGUGCAUCUAUGUAUCAACCACAUAACUCCAUGCAUAAUUCUCCCUCACAACAACUGCAGUUGCAUCAAAAUCAACAGCAACAACAACAGAUGCAACACCAGCACCAGCAACAACCGCUGCAUUCAGUAGGUGGCUCUAUAUCUCCGCCCCCAAUCGGGGCGAGUUUAAUGAGUUCUCCGCAUGGGCGCACCCAUUGUUCUCAGUCGGCUACUAGUCUCUUAAUGUCGCAUAACUCGACUGCCGAUAGCGGGAGCAGUCACAUCAAUUUGCAUCAUCAUCAUCACCAUCAUCCCCAUCACCACCAACAACAUGUGAUUGGCAGUUCAGGAAACGGCCAAGGAUCAAACCGCAUUAUACAGAAUCUAUUGCAUAGUGCGAAUGCAUCAAAUGUUAUGCACCAUAGUCACCAUUCCCAACUGCCACAUACCAUGGCGCACUUGACGCAACAUCAGCAUCACUCGAAUUCGCACGAACAAUUAUCUCAACAACAUCAACCGCAUUUAGAGAUAACGCCGCUAAUGCAAUCACCGCCACUCCCACCACCACCAACGCUUCAUCUGCAAAGUCCAUCGAAUCAAAGUAAUCAGUCGCAACACGGCAGUGGUGGUGCAAAUUCGCUCAGCUCACCUUUAACAACAACACCAGUGAUAGCUUCCAGCAGUAGCACACUAAAAUCGCCAGCGCAAACGAGUCUGAGCGACGAAGCGAUCUGUGUGUCGGAGGUGCAAUCUCAUCAGUCACAUUCAGCGCAUUUGAGCGGCGGCGGUGAGCAACAACAGCAUCUGCUGAGCCACCAUGGCGCAACACUGUCGCCGUCCGAAUUAAAUUCGAAUACUGCCGUAUCCUCACAUUCAAAAGACGGCACGAGUGAGGCUCAACAUCAAGCUCACGUCAUUGACUCCAUAACGAUAUCACCAGCCGAAGGACAUAAUUUCAAAAUGGAAGAUAUGUAACUACUAAGUUCCUUAACGGCUCAUUUUGAAUGCAGCAAAACUUUAGAUUGACUCACAAUCAGAAUAUACAGUGCGUUCAAAUACGCACCGCACCGAGCAACUUU